GGCUUCAGGGUGGCGGACGGGUCCACUCUCCACGGACCCCUCUGGAGCCGGUGUUCCGUGAGUCACCGGAACACGAUGUAACGUUUGCCGGUUUGAGGUUCCGGUAGCGAGACUUGUCGGUUUCAGUCUGUGAAGGUGGGAUGAGGGCUGGCUGGACUCUGGACCGUCCGGAAUGAAUCUUGGCCGGCGCUGCUCAGGUCUGCUGUACCACCUGGGCUGUCUGAGCCGGGCUCCGGUCCGGACCGUACCGAGGCCUCAGGGCGGAUCAGGAAGACUCACACGGACCGGGUCCACAGCAGUUGGUGCAAUGGGCAGCAACAGCAGCAGGUUAUUUACCAUGUUGGCCAAGUCACUGAACAGUGCCCCCUUGGCACAGCCAGACCUAUACCCAGAGGAGAACCCAGAACAAGAUCUGGACCAGGAGGACCAGGAUGAGGUGUACGCAGAGCAGCUGCUGAGAGAUUGCGUAGAGGCACUGCAGCGUCGACCAGCCCGGCCGCACAGGGACCUGAUCUAUCCCAGGAGCACAGCGACCUGCCAUCACAGCCACACCCCCUCCAUACGUGUAAUGCAGUGGAACAUCCUCGCCCAAGCUCUCGGCGAAGGGAAGGACGGCUUCAUCCGUUGUCCACUGGACGCUCUCAACUGGGAGGAAAGGAAGUUCCUGAUCUUGGAGGAGAUCCUGACCUACCGGCCCGACGUCCUGUGUCUACAGGAAGUGGACCAUUACUAUGACACCUUUCAGCCAGUCCUGACUAGCCUGGGUUACCAAGGCAGCUUCCUGGCCAAACCCUGGUCUCCCUGUCUGGAUGUUGAGCAAAACAAUGGCCCUGACGGCUGUGCCCUGUUCUACCGGCGCUCGCGCUUUGCUCUUCUGGCCACAGCUCACCUGCGAUUGACAGCCAUGAUGCUGCCAACUAACCAGGUGGCCAUCGUCGUGAUGCUUCGUUGCCGCUCCUCAGGCCGCUCGCUGUGUGUGGCCGUCACCCAUCUGAAAGCUCGCAGUGGCUGGGAAAUGCUGCGGAGCGCUCAGGGCACCAACCUUCUACAGAACUUGCGUAACAUCACAGCUGCUGGCCGUGACGGCACCGUCCCGUUAGUCGUGUGCGGGGACUUUAAUGCUGAGCCUUCAGAGGAUGUUUACCGACGCUUCAGCUCCUCCCCUCUAGGCCUGGACUCAGCCUAUAAGCUGCUGAGCCCUGACGGACAGACAGAACCCGCCUUCACCUCAUGGAAGAUCCGCCCCUCUGGAGAGAGCCGCAGCACGUUGGACUACAUCUGGUACUCCCAUCAUGCUUUGAGUGUGGACUCUUUGUUGGCUCUUCCUAGUGAGGAGCAGAUUGGUCCAGACCGCCUCCCGUCAUACCACUACCCCUCCGACCACGUGUCGCUGCUCUGCGACGUCAGCUUCAGGCAGGAAGUCCAUAGGCUGAUGUAGGAGCUUUGGACCAAUAGAAAACUAGGGGGAGGAGUCACAAAGAACAGAGGAUGGAUGAUUAUUUUUGAUCACUUGUCAUUAUUGUUUCUGUUUAUCGAUCUGAUUGCUUAUUGGUUCCUGAUCAGGUUUGUGUGUGUGUCUCCACAUAAUGAAUAAAUGCUUCUUUAAUUCACAGGAAAGACAUUUUUGUGCUGCUGACAAAAAACAUUUGGUUGUAAACGUCACUGUCUUUGCUUGUCUGCUUUUCGGUACAGAAAAUCUGAAGAAUGGCCUCUGACGACCGCUGUGCACACGGGAAAGAAGUGCAUUUCUUUGAGUUGAACACUGCAGGGCGUGUUGUGUGCGUUACUGAAAUGAUAUGAAAGCCGAUGUGACCGACGUCUACUUGUUUUAUUUUGUUUUUACCGUAUUUGAACAAACAACCUGCUGCAUCAUGAAUAUGAAUGUACACCUGCUGAUGGACUAUAUGAGUUAUUUGAGGAUUCCACUAGAGGCGCACCAGGAUCCUUGCACAGUAAAGAAUUCCUGAAUUAGCAUGCUGUCUUUUUUUUUUUU